ACGACACAUACGAACCUACCACCGUCGAUCCCUCGGGCCCAACACUCAGCACGCCCAGAGGCUCGAGGAACCACUUCCUUGGCCUCCUAGUAAUGUGGCAAGAGCCGAUGACCCCGAGGAUGGCAUCGAUGAGCAGAUUGAACAUAUUCUAGCGGAACGGAAGCAUGAUCGCAAAGUUAGCUCAUGGCAAGAGCUGUGGCGGGUUCUUUUUACAGAUGACGAAAUCAUACCAUCAUCAGGUACGGGGUUCUUGUUUGUCAGCUGUGAUGCUCGUCUUUGCUGAUCAACGCAGUGUUUAUCCCCCCGAAGAUUGUAGAGGUCCCCGAGGUAUAUAGUGCACUACAGAAUGUGCCCUUCGAUGAAAGAUCGGUCAUGAGCAUGAUCCCUGGGGAUGGGGAUCCCUAUUCUUCUAACGGACUAAGCAAUUAUGUCACUACGGCGCUGAUGACGGAACUGGAGCACGUAUCCGGAAACGACAUCCCAUUUCAACCAAGUUUUGGAAUGCCCAUAUCACCGGGCUUGGUAGGUGGCUCUUCAGGCUUAACAUAUGACUUCGAGACUGGAGGGAUGGGACAACGUGUGAGCUCCUUCAGCUGUCCUCCCUGCUCGAGGCAUUUUGGUAGCGCUAAAGAUCUAGCACGACACGUAGCCACCCACUCCACAGCCGGGAACGAACUCGUCUACUCCUGCCGAUGUGGUAAAUCCGCUGUGCGCAAAGAUAAUUUCUUGCGCCACAUUCGUGGUUGUAGUAGACCAAGUCGGCCCAAUGGGAAGUUUGAAUGUCGCUGUGGUUAUGGCGCGUUAUCCUCCGCUGACGACAUAGAACAACACGUCAAGGGCUGCGGGUAUGCACGCGCAGGGCGUCCGAAGAAAAGAAGGGACAAUCCCGCGAUAGGAUCUUCAACAGCAGCUAAUAAAGUAUGACAAUUUGCUAUGGAAAGGACACUAUAUACAGCAAUC